ACACACCAAGUCCAAGAUGGCGGACUAAGCGACGUGGCUGUCCGGAGAAGUUUCACAUUUACAAUCUUAUAGAUUCAAAAAUAGCAUCAAAUACCUCAACUGUUCACCUUUUCUUAAGCCCACCACACGGACUUUGAGUGUGGAGCGACGGCGUGUUAGCUGAAGUGAAGAUUGAAGACGUGAUAGAAGUUGGACGACUACUGCUAUGCUAAGAUGGCGACGUCAUGUCAAAGAGAAAGUGAAAGAGAAUCAGCGCCACCAACUUCCAGCAAAUCACCGACGGAGAUAAAGACGAAGACCGAAGAAAAAGUUGAGCGAGGUAAAGUUUCCAACAACGUAAUUUCGGAGACCAUCGAGAACCCUGAAAAGAGCGUCGAUGAGAAAUGAUCCGACUUUGUUGAAGAAUGUAAAGAAAGAGCCGCCAUGAUUGUUAGCUUGAAGAAGGCAGUGGAGUUCACAUCAGAGGAGAUGAAAGAAGGCAAAAGUCAAAUGAAGAAACCAGCAUGUUUUUGGAGGGGGAAAUUGUGAUUAAUAUCUUACCGGAGACGUCAAUGGAUUAUUCGUCGUCCUGCAGCAGCUGUCAUGUCAAAAAAGGCAGCUGUGAGCUUGGCUCCUCGGCUUCUCUCUGAGACACUGCGUGUUCACCGCAGCCAUCCGACCUCGAGACGUCCAGCAGCUGAUGGGUAAUCCAGAAGAAGUUUCCCCUCAGUCAGGGGGGAGCUCCACUUUGAAGCAGGAGACUCCACAACCACCCUGCAUUAAAAAGGAAGAGGAGGAACUCUGCAUCACUCAGGAGGGAGAGUGUCUUCUAGGACGAGAGGAAGCUGAUUACACCAAGUUUCCACUGACUAUUGUCUCUGUGAAGACUGAAGAUGAUGAAGAGAAACCACAAGUAGACAACCUCUUAGCUCCACUAUCAGAUAGUGAGGCUGAAGACGAGGUUGAAGUAACUUUGAGCAGCGAUACAGACUGUGAAGGUGAUAUGAGGACUCACACUGACAACAAACACUCUGAAUGCUCUACAAAGAAGACAGGUAAAAAAUGUUUGAGCUGCUCGGUUUGUGCUAAAAAUUUUACUAACAAGAGCCUUUUGACUGAACACAUGAAAACACACACAGGUGAAAAACCAUUUAGUUGUUCAGUUUGUGCUAAAAGCUUUUCUGUUAAGUGCUAUAUGACUCAACACUUGAGAACACACACAGGUGAAAAACCAUUUAUUUGUUCAGUUUGUGGCAAAGGCUUUUCUCAAAAUAGCCAUUUGACUCGACACAUGAGAACACACACAGGUGAAAAAACAUUUAAAUGUUCAAUUUGUGGCAAAUGCUUUUCUCAAAAUAGCUCUGUGAUUCAACACAUGAGAAUACACACAGGUGAAAAAACAUUUAAUUGUUCAGUUUGUGAGAAAAGCUUUUCUCGAAAUAGCAUUUUGACUAAACACAUGACAACACACACAGGAGAAAAAACAAUUAUUUGUUCGGUUUGUGGUAAAAGCUUUUCUCAAAAUAGCGAUUUGACUAAACACAUGACAACACACACAGGUGAAAAACCAUUUAAUUGUUCAGUUUGUGGCAAAAGCUUUUCUCAAAAUUGCUCGUUGACUCACCACAUGAGAACACACACAGGUGAAAAACCAUUUAAUUGUUCAGUUUGUGACAAAAGCUUUUCUCGAAAAAGCUCUUUGACUCAACACAUGAGAACACACACAGGUGAAAAACCAUUUAGUUGUUCAGUGUGCUGUAAAAGGUUCCCACAUAAAGCAGACGCAGUAAAACACACAAGAACACACAAUGGAAAAUGACCAAUUAGCUGUUUAGUUUGUGGUAUGUUGCUCAUAUGUGGUGACAUCCACCCUACCCAGGACCUCCUCACUGCUUCUUUCACUAAUAUCUGAGGUAUUCAUACAAACUUGGAUUAUUUAGAGCAGUGGUUCUUAACCUUGUUGGAGGUACCGAACCCCACCAGUUUCAUAUACACAUUUACCGAACCCUUCCUUAGUGAAAAAUAAAAUGUAAUUUUUUUUUUUUUUCAAUUUCAAGAAGAACUUGUUUUUUUUAAUUGGUGCACAACAUGAACCGUGCAUGAACAUCACCUUGUUCACUGAACAAAACCAACACAGGGAAUGAUUUCAAUCAAUCGAUCAAUCAAUCAAUGUUUAUUUAUAUAGCCCCAAAUCACAAAUGUCUCAAAGGACUGCACAAAUCAUUACGACUACGACAUCCUCGGAAGAACCCACAAAAGGGCAAGGAAAACUCACACCCAGUGGGCAGGGAGAAUUCACAUCCAGUGGGACGCCAGUGACAAUGCUGACUAUGAGAAACCUUGGAGAGGACCUCAGAUGUGGGUCCCCCUCUAGGGGACCGAAAGCAAUGGAUGUCGAGCGGGUCUAACAUGAUAUUGUGGAAGUUCAAUCCAUAGUGGCUCCAACACAGCCGCGAGAGUUCAGUUCAAGCAGAUCGAAUUCACAACAAUUUACACACCUUACACACAUUACCAUGAUUUGAUUAACGUGGACCCCGACUUAAACAAGUUGAAAAAACUUUUCGGGUGUUACCAUUUAGUGGUCAAUUGUACGGAAUAUGUACUGUACUGUUUCAUAUAAUGUAUUCUCUUCCUUUGCAAUCUGCUAGUAAAUGUUUCAAUCAAUCAAUCAAAAAACCUGCAAAUCAGAUGGAAAAUUAGAGGGAACAUUGUUUGAGGGUAUCCAUAAUACGCCGACAGGGAGAAGUUUUUAUUUACACGAUAAAUCGAAUGAGAAUCAGCACCUCCAAGUCCGAGUCCAUGGUUCUCGCCCGGAAAAGGGUGGAGUGCCAUCUCCGGUUUGGGGAGGAGACCAUGCCCCAAGUGGAGGAGUUCAAGUACCUAGGAGUCUUGUUCACGAGUGAGGGAAGAGUGGAUUGUGAGAUCGACAGGCGGAUCGGUGCGGCGUCUUCAGUAAUGCGGACGUUGUACCGGUCUGUUGUGGUGAAGAUGGAGCUGAGCCGGAAGGCAAAGCUCUCAAUUUACCGCUCGAGCUAUGUUCCACACCCUCACCUAUGGUCAUGAGCUUUGGGUCAUGACCGAAAGGAUAAGAUCACGGGUACAAGCGGCCCAAAUGAGUUUCCUCCGCCGUGUGGCGGGUCUCUCCCUUAGAGAUAGGGUGAGAAGCUCUGCCAUCCGGGAGGAACUCAAAGUAAAGCCGCUGCUCCUUCACAUGGAGAGGAGCCAGAUGAGGUGGUUCGGGCAUCUGGUCAGGAUGCCACCCGAACGCCUCCCUAGGGAGGUGUUUAGGGCACGUCCAACCGGUAGGAGGCCACGGGGAAGACCCAGGACACGUUGGGAAGACUAUGUCUCCCGGCUGGCCUGGGAACGCCUCGGGAUCCCCCGGGAAGAGCUAGACGAAGUGGCUGGGGAGAGGGAAGUCUGGGUUUCCCUGCUUAGGCUGUUGCCCCCGCGACCCGACCUCGGAUAAGCGGAAGAUGAUGGAUGGAUGGAUGGAUAAAUCAGAUGUGUGUAUACUUCCGUGGCGGAGGCUCCGCCGAACCCCUGAGGCCGACUCACCGAACCCCUAGGGUUCGAUCGAACCCAGGUUAAGAACCACUGAUUUAGAGCAUAAUCUUAUCCAUUCAUGACACCAUGUCUUCUCUGUAUCUGAAACCUUCCUGAACAGUAAGAUAGAUGAUGCUUCAAGUGCUUGGUUACUCCUUCAGUCCAGGGACCUGGGACCUCAUGGGUCUAGUUUGUGCACAAUGUCAAAAACCUUUUUCACGGCAAAGUUGAGAUGUAAAAUGCAUAUUUUGUUUCCUGUUUGGUCACGUUGUUGGGGGGACAAUUAAUAUGUGAGGGAAUUAAGGAAGCAGCAUGAGACGACAAGUGUUUGAUGUGGAAGACGUUAAUGGAGUCUCGGAUUGAAACUAAACUUUAUUCCCUUGGAGUUUUAUGAGGCCAACGAGGUAUGAUUACUUCUGAUAUGUUUGUCAAAUCUUUGUGUUUUCUUUUUUGGAUGUCAGACUAAUUGUAAGUUCUGGUUGCUUAUUUUAUCAUAUAUGACGGCAUUAUAUUUGGCAUCGUUGGUAACGUGAAGAAGACGUGGCGGAAAUAAAUGUCUGUGAGAAAAACAAACGACUUGAGCCUUGAUUA